UUUUAUCCCUAAUACAUAUAUGAAUUUGGUCUAAUUGCAGUCGAUUUUAAAUGGCUUCGUUGGGAUUGCAGAUUUCAAUUGAACUACUGUCUAGAUUUGUCAGUGAGUCACUCAUGUGUGGACAAAUAUGAAUUUUUUGCUCUGUGUAUUCCAAAUAUGGACAAAUAUGGACAAAAGGGGGGAUGAAUGAGGAGACUGAUGGAAGAUCUAAGAAGACGUGAUGUUGAUCUAACUUUUCGUUUCCAACUUUUUAAUUAGGGCAAGGUGAAGGUUCUGUCAAGGAGACGAACCUCGUGAAUGAAACAGUCAGGUUUGCCAUGGAGUAUACUGAUGCAAGUCCUAUCGAUGAGUAUGGGUGAAAACUCCAACAACGCAGCUGGGCUUCUACCAAAUCCUGUCGCUGAUCCUCAAACUGGAAUGCGGGGAUUAAUAAACUCCAUACUACUCAUUCAUGGGCGUUCCUCGAAGUCAAUGUUAUUCCACAGUAUAAUCAACUGGUAAGGAAUCCAAACCUGAAGUGAUCGUUGGCAUCCGAGAUUCUGGAAGAUAUGCAGCUGAAUUGCCAGUUCAUUCAUAGUGUAUUGAGUACUGAUAUGGAAGCGCUUCAAAAUUUAACUGCUGAAUGUGAUUUGGAUUCAAAACAGGGGUCUGAUUAUGGUGAGAAAGAAGUGGUGGAGGGGAAUGUGUUAAUGUUGGAGUGGUUGGCUGGCUGGUUCUUGUGUGUGUCUGUGUUGGCGGUGGUACUCUUGUACCUGGAGUUUAGCUGCUGGUUGUGUUGUCUUUAUGCGCAUCUCAACUUCAUGUCCAGGUUGAAUUUUGUUGGAGGUCAUAUGUGUUGGAAUACCCGUACAUUUUCUGCAUCAGCCGGUGGCGAGGCCUUCUGUAAUGGACAGACAAGCCAUGUUAGCGAAACUGAUCGGGUGGAUAGAUCUCUUCUAGUGACUGAAUUUGGAUAUGAACAUGAUGAUGCAUGGGAAACAAAUAUAUAUUUAAAUAAUUUACUGAUAUCAGCAGGGUCUUGCGUAUUGAAUGCCAAACGUCGGAAUUACAUGAACUGGUAA